AUGUUUGUGAGAAACAGUGCAUCAGUGAUGCGUUCUGCAUCUAGAAACUAUGCUACCUUGAGAGAAAUCGAAACCAGAUUGAAGUCUAUCAAGAACAUUGAAAAGAUCACCAAGACCAUGAAGAUCGUUGCUUCUACCAGAUUGUCCAAGGCUGAAAGAGCUAAGAACAGUGCAAAGCAGUACGUUGUUGCUGACGCAGCUUUCUACAAGAACGCUGAAACCAGCCCAUUGGAAGAUGCUGAAAAGAAGGACUUGAUUGUUGCCAUCACCUCCGACAAGGGUUUGUGUGGUUCCAUCCACUCUCAAUUGGCCAAGGCUGUCAGACUACAAUUGAACGAAACUCCAAACGCUGAUGUCGUUGCCAUCGGUGACAAGGUCAAGGCCCAAUUGUUGAGAACUCACCCUGAAAACUUGAAGUACGCUUUCAACGGUGUUGGUAAGGAAGCCCCAACUUUCGAAGAGUGCGCUUUGAUCGCUAACAAGAUCUUGGAAGGUGGUGCUGCCAACUACAGAAAGGUUUCUAUCUUCUGGAACAACCCAAUUUCCUCUUUGUCCUUCGAACCAAGCCAAAAGCCAGUCUUCAACGCUCAAACUAUUGAACAAUCUCCUUCUUACUCCAAGUUUGAAAUCGAUGCUGACAACAACGUCUCCCAAGACUUGUUCGAAUUCACCCUAUCCAACGAGAUCUUGGCUGCUAUGGCUGAAGGUUACGCUGCCGAAGUUUCCGCUAGAAGAAACGCUAUGGAUAACGCUUCCAAGAACGCCGGUGACAUGAUCAACAGUUACUCCAUCUUGUACAACAGAACCAGACAAGCCGUUAUCACCAACGAAUUGGUCGAUAUUAUUACUGGUGCUUCUUCUUUGGAUUAA